AUCCCAAUUCCUUUGCACCUCAUUUCACCAGCAAACACAAAGUCUUACUUGGUUUAUUUUUAGUAGUGGCAGCACUGUUCUAUCCAUGGCUUUUUCAUCAUUUUUCAGAACUAUUGUCACUUUGUCUCUGCUCCUUGUUGUGAGUAAUAGCAACGCUCAACUCUCCACAAACUUCUACUCCAAAUCUUGCCCGAACCUUUUUUCGACUGUGAAACCUGUUGUUCAAUCAGCCAUUAAUCAGGAGAAGCGAAUGGGUGCAUCCCUGGUUCGCUUGUUCUUCCACGACUGCUUUGUUAAUGGAUGUGAUGGUUCAAUUCUACUUGAUGACACAUCUUCCUUCACUGGAGAGCAAACUGCAGUUCCUAACAGGAAUUCUGUAAGAGGAUUUGAGGUGAUUGACAGCAUAAAAUCUGCUGUUGAGAAGGCUUGCCCUGGUGUAGUCUCAUGUGCUGAUAUCUUAGCUAUUGCUGCUAGAGACUCCACUGCUAUUCUUGGAGGUCCAAGCUGGAAUGUUAAACUUGGAAGAAGAGAUGCUAGAACUGCAAGCCUUUCUGCUGCCAAUAAUGGCAUUCCAGCUCCAACUUCUAACUUGAACCAACUCAUCUCAAGAUUUAGUGCUCUUGGCCUUUCAACUAGAGACUUGGUUGCUUUAUCUGGAGCCCACACAAUCGGACAAGCAAGGUGCACAAAUUUUAGGACAAGGAUAUACAAUGACACCAACAUAGACAGUUCUUUUGCUCAAACAAGAAGAUCAAACUGCCCAAGUACAGGUGGCGACAACAACUUAGCACCACUUGAUUUGCAGACUCCUACAUCUUUCGACAACAACUACUUCAAGAACUUGCUCGUCCAAAAAGGCUUACUUCACUCUGAUCAAGAAUUGUUCAAUAAUGGAUCAACCGAUUCAAUAGUUCGCACAUACAGCAAUGGCCAGAGUACCUUCUUUUCUGAUUUUGUUGCUGGCAUGAUCAAGAUGGGAGACAUUAGCCCACUUACUGGAUCACAAGGGGAGAUCAGAAAGAAUUGUGGGAAGGUUAAUUAAGAUUGUGGAUUGUUGAGGCUUUUGUAGCUCGGAUCAAGUCUUAAAAGGAUAAAUUAAAGAGUGGGGGAAAUUUUUUCUGAUUGGGGAGCGGGAUUUUAUCAGAAUUUAGGCUUGUGUUUCUAUUUGUGUUAUUACUAUAUUUUAUGGACACUCCAGUCCACUUGUAGUCAGGUGAAAUCAUAUAAAAAUGUAUCUGAAAUUGUUACAGUAGAAGUUUGUUUUAAUCAAUCUGGAAGUUUUUUUUGGGCAA